AUGAAGCAAAACAUCGUGAUCAAGGUGGAGAUGACGUGCGACAAGUGCCGAUCCAAGGCAAUGGCGCUGGUGGCGGCGACGGUGGGGGUGGACUCGGUGGCGCUGGCCGGGGACGACAAGGACCAGGUGGUGGUGGUCGGUGACGGAGUCGAUUCCGUCAAGCUCACCAACCUGCUGCGCAAGAAGGUCGGCCACGCCCAGCUCGUGCAGGUCGGUGAGGUCAAGAAGGAGGAGGAGAAGAAGAAACCCGCCGAAGCCGCCGCCGCCGUCGUCGAGUACGCUUACCCAUGGCACUACUACAAGUACCCUUCGCACUCAGUGCCAGUCUACGAGCACCCCGCCGGCACAUAUAGUUACCAGCAGUGCUACUCCCGGGCGGACACCUUCUGGAUGUAG